AUUGGUUGUCCGUUGUUGACACUUGUGACUAGACGUAAAUAUAUAAGAAAAAAUAAAUAAAAAAUUCUAAAAUAAAAAGGCAAGAUGAAAAUUUAAAAAAGCAGAAACACAACGUUAUAAUUUGUAGGGAUAAUUUUAAAUAUAUCUCAGUACGUCAUAACAAAUGAUUAAUUUAAUGGACACAUAUUUAUAGAGAGAUUUUCUUUUAUCAGUAGUAUUUACGUACCGGCUCUGUAGGGGACGGUUGUGUUUAUCGCGCAAUACAGAUCAAAAUUGUUUAGUGCACUGGUGUGUUUUCUUUUCGGUGCUUUUAUAAUUCUGGCAGAUUUGAAAGUGUUACAGUGAUCUUUUGUGUUAUAACGUGUGUUAUAUCUGUUAGAAAACAUUGUAUGUGUAAAUAAUAAUGAACUUAUCGUUUGCUGGUUGUGGUUUUCUUGGCAUAUAUCAUGUUGGAGUAUCAGUUUGUCUUAAAAAGUAUGCACCGCAUUUGCUGUUAGGGAAUAUAUCAGGUGCUUCUUUUGGAGCAGUGUCUGCUUGCUGUUUGCUCUGUGAUCUGCCAAUAGGGGAAAUUACAAGUGAUGUCUUAAGGAUAGUUGGUGAAGCGAGGGCUGGCUCCCUCGGGCCUUUCAGUCCAUCAUUUAACAUACAAAAUGUACUCCUGGAGAGCAUGGAGCGAUACUUACCCACUGACGCUCACAAAAUCGUCAGUGGGAAACUUCACAUCUCACUCACAAGAGUGUAUGAUGGGAAGAAUGUUAUAGUAUCGAAAUUUGCGACACGGGAAGACUUAUUACAGGCGUUGCUAGCAUCAUGUUUCGUGCCAGUAUUCUCCGGGAUGCUUCCGCCAAAGUUCCAUGGAAACCGGUACAUGGAUGGAGGGUUUAGUGACAAUCUGCCUGUGUUGGAUGAAAAUACCAUUACUGUUAGCCCAUUUUGCGGUGAAAGUGAUAUCUGCCCGAGGGAUUUGAGUUCGCAACUAUUUCAUGUAAACUUAGCAAAUACGAGUAUAGAACUAUCUAAGCAAAACAUGAACCGUUUCGCCCGCAUACUGUUUCCUCCUAAACCAGAGGUGCUGAGCAAUAUGUGCAAACAAGGAUUCGACGACGCACUGCGAUUCUUACAUAGGAAUAAUAUGAUUACAUGCACUCGAUGUCUAGCUGUACAGUCAACAUAUCAAUUGCAAGAUGUCUUAAACGACACUUCAUUCGAAUACGACCCUGACUGCGAAGAAUGCAAAACACAUCGAGAGGACGCCCUAGUAGAUGACCUACCAGAUACGGUGAUGACGAUAUUCCAAAACGCGAUAGAUUCCGCCAACAACGGCCUUGUGAAUUGGGUGAUGCAGCAGCGCGGUAUGCGCGCCGUCUCACUUCUAACCUUGCCUUACCGCGUGCCCGUCGACGUCAUGUAUGCUACAUUUACCAAGUUCGUAGCAUGCACUCCGAAGAUGAGCAAGUCACUAUGGAAACUGAGUUGGCGUAUCAUCAGACAAUUGCACGGGUUUUUAUAUUCCGCCCAUGAUCGUUCAGAAGCUGCCAAAGUGUAUUACAAGUUGACCAUGGAUAAAGAUGAACACCGAUUGGAUAAGAGACGUGCGAGCCAAGUGUGCAUAACAUAUGGGGACCGAGAUGUGCUCCCCGAGGCAGACACAUUUGAACACAUUCUUAACGUAACCAACCACAACGAUGCGUUAUUGGCCUAUUACUACCUUGACAGUGAUAAUAAGAUGAAAAUGACAGAGAUCUAUGACGUAACGGACGCGGACACAGAUGCCGUGCAGUCCCCGGAUGAACGCGAUCUCAACAAACAACUCGAGUUUGACAACGAUUGGUCUGGAGAUUUUUUGGCUGAAGAAGUGGAAGAGAUAGAAAUAGAAGAAUUAGAGAGAAGCAUAUUUUCGGAAACGGAAAGUGAGUGGCGAUCUAAUAUGGAGGAAUCCGAGCCCGAGUCAGAUCAACCGGAAUCCGAUAGACCAAUCACGUUUGUGGCGAAUGCAUCAAGCCUAAACGACUCUAUUGAAAAAAGAAUUUCCGAUUUCGAACAUAGUGUCAUUAUUGUUUUUGUGCAUUUCUGUAUUUUACCCGUAUUUCUGAUAACCAAUUUCUGCUCAUAUAAGUUUUUUAUAAAAAUGGUCGGAAAGAGCGAGGUGAAGAGUAGUCGCAUUUUCCACCAAUGUUAUUUGAAGUGUUGCAAGUUGCAAAAUUUAACCCCGCUCACGAAUGUUUUACCAACGGGUAACGGAAAAGUCCUAGACUUUUGUGUGGACAGGAUCAAAUAUGCAGAUUGGCCGCCGAUAUUGAACGCGCUUAGUUGCGAUUUGAGUCUACACAGUGUGGCUAUAAAAUGUCGUCAACAAGUAAAAACGGUACUGGAACAGAUAGAUUGCGAAAGAUUAGCUAAAACGGUGAACAAGCGGGCAGUGAUCUUGACUAACUUCAUGCUGAGCAAUCUAGUAGAGGCGACGUCACAACUUCUAUCAAACACGACGCUUCUGACGUCAUUUCUACUCGAGGGUCUCCCUUUGAAAAUACCAUAUUUAAAUCCUAUUUGCGAGGCGUUACUAGCAAACAAUACACUCCAGCAUCUUUAUCUUCCCCGAUGUCUCAUCGGUGACGCAGGCUGCCUGGCCAUAUGUAAGGCGAUUCGAAGUUUGCCAAACGUUCUCACACUGGAUCUUAGCGGCUGUGACCUCACGCCACUGGCUGCUGGUUAUAUUGCUGAUUUAGUUAAGUACCAAAAAAUCCACCGCUAUAGUGAGAAUUGGGUUCACACUUUGCGGUAUCGUUUACCUGAACUCGAUACGAUGGCUGGAUUACGACGGAUCACUGUAAAUGGAAAUCCUCUUGGAGACCAGGGUGUAGGGAAACUAUUGGAUGUGUUAGCUGAUGACCUUUGGAUUAAAGCAUUUGAUGUCCAAAACUGUGGUCUAUCAGACGACUGUGCAUCUAUGGCGUUACAAACUAUGAGUUCUAAUACAACCCUCGUGGUAUUGGACAUGAGGCAUAACGCUAUCGCUAGUGAGUUCCUCUCAAAGAUACGAGCUGCUUUGAGAGAAAAUGAAAGAGGCGCUGUAGGAGUGUAUUCCUGGCUAAGUGUAAGUGGAAGUUCAACAGACGCUAGAUCGGUGAAAAAUGUAGUUACCAAAAAUGGAAUAAUCAAAGACCGAGUCGCGUCUAAUGUAAGAAAUGCGCCAAUCAAAUACACGAACAAAACCAGUGCAGUAAAGAAAGAGAAGGAUUACUCGGAAGUGCUGGAGGAACAGCUCCAAGAGGAGAUAUCUCAUCGACAACAGCUAGAGGAACUAAACUUGCAGCUGGUAGAACAGAUGAAGCAGAUGAAGCGACAGCAGAUGCAGCUAUGGGCCAAUAACACGUCAUCGGGUUCGGAACAAUCAUUCCAAGCAAGCUCGCACUCCGGUGACCUAUCCAGCAGCACGGAGUCGUCGUGUUCAGUACCAAUAGACCAGAACACGCUGUCAUACAUUCAGCAGGCCUUCAAGGAUAUUUACGCCUUUAUCAAGAAUAAUCAAUGUCAUGGUCAAUGCGAAGAAAAGUUAAAGAAAGAAGAAUCAUCGCCGUCAGAAUCUCCCGUGUCCGAUCGGGAUACUGAAUUGCGUAUCAACAUCGCGCCCAAACGAGCACAGAGCACACAUAUAAAGCUUCUAGAAAAUCACACCAGGAAUAAAACAACGAAAUCUGCGCACUUACUGGGCGACGGAUUCAGAGAUUCUGCUGAAGUGAAACCGGAGAUGUUUGAAAGACAAAUGGGAGACACAAUGAAUUCAAACUAUGAGUGCAAGAAGAAAGUCCUUGACGAUAUUCCUACAGGCCAGAGAGACAAGAAAAAGGUAAAAUAUGAAUCAAGCCCGUCUAGUUCCGGAAUCAGUGAUUCGUCCGACACACUUGUAUGUUCUCCGAGGGCCACAGAACUUAAUCCACGAGACGCACUUUACUCGUCAUCGGAUGAAGAUUAAAACGGAGAAACUUUUAUAUGUCUGUUAAAUAUUUUGUAAAGAUUAAAUUUGUUUAUUUCUA